CUUAGAAAAAAAAAAAAAAAAAAAAAAAAGGGAUCAAGAUCCUCUCAAUUCAAUUGCUACAUUUCGAAAUUCGGAGGCAUCUCACCAUGGAACCCUCUGCAAUUAGUCUCAUUAUAGUUCAAGGCCCUCGCGAGGGCGAAACCCUAGAUUUUCGACCUGGAUCGACGAUUCGAAUCGGUCGCCUUGUUCGAGGCAACUCCAUUGCCAUCAAAGACGCCGGCAUCUCCACCAAGCACCUCUCUAUUGAAUCCAAGUCUAUUGCAGGCAAGUGGGUGCUUCGGGACCUCGAUUCUUCUAAUGGAACCUUUGUUAACGACACCAAGCUUCCUCCACAAUACGCCUUCGUUCUAAACGAUGGCGACACCAUUAAAUUCGGUGAGUUGACUUCCAUUUUAGUUAGAUUAAACAGUAAUGAAGAGUGUCAGUCGAGGCGAAAUCCAAGGCGGAAGGCUGCUGAGAAGUGUAAUGGUUCGGAUAUGGUGGGAUCAGUUGCUGAAAUUGGGAGUCGAAGAGGAAAGGUCGUGGAAGAGAUCAGCGUACUUAUGGGAGCUAAUGACGCGACGUUGGAGAGUGGAAGAUGUCCAAGGGGGAGAAAAGGCAGGGGUGUGAAAGGUGAUAUUACUAGCCAAGUACCGGACUGCAAGAAAAUUGAGAGCAAUUUAGAUGUGGGAAGAGCGCCAGAAAAUGUGAGCGACAUUGGAAACGAAUCCAGCCAGAAGAUUAUUACUAGAAGUACCCGUGGAACGAAAAACAUUGUGUCUGUGGCCACAGAUUCAGUUCUUGAGAGUGUUCCCGAGAAUUCAUGUGUGGGUGCUGAAGUAAAGGCUGUGGCAAAAAAGACGAGAGCAGGAACUAGAGGAAGAAAGAAAUUGCAAAAGGAGCCACCGGAUGAAAGCGAAACAUGCAGUGGGUCUAGCCCUCAUGAGGUUUGUGAUCGAGAUGAAAGCGAAAAUGUACGUAUUAUUUCAGUAAAUUGCGAAGAGGUUGAUGACCGGAGAGCUUCUCACGAUGAGGACUUUCUUUGUAAGGCUGAGAAGGCGCCAGAUUUGAAGAAGAUGACACUUGGGGAGUGGUUUGAUUAUUUGGAGACCCAUUUGCCUAAACAAAUCAUUGAUGCAACUGAAGAGAUAAUUUCUGGUAUGAGAAUUAAAUCUGCACAAGUACGGGAGUAUGUUGCACAGCAAAAGUCUGAGAAUUGCCGGGGAGGUUAGUGCAAGGAAAAACACUGAUGUACGAGGUAACCCUUUUGCUUUCUCAUUUGAUUUAACAUUUUGUACAGAUCCUUUUUGUUAAAGACACCUUCUUGAUCCUUUAAUAUAUCAUUUAUGAUGUCCCGCGUGAAAUUUCACUGUUUAUGUGUCAAUCAAUUUAGAUGGCGACUUUCUCUGGCUUAGACAUAUAGCUUUAGUUGGAUUUGGAACUGUAUCUGGGGUGAUUAUUUUUGAAAACUGAUGAAAGUUUUCCUUCACUGAAGCUAGGAAACGACAUGUUGAUUUAAUGGCUUUGAAACUCUCCAUGUAGCCAUAACAAGCAUUGUAAUUUAUGAGAAACUAUCAUAGAAAUUUGAGCUUGUGUAUUA